UAGCGGAACGUAUAUUUGAAUGGAUAUAUAUAUGAGAUUGCCUCUUAAUGUAACAGGUCAAGCUCUUCAUCUUGUGAUGUUCCCUAAGAUCUCUCACCAUCCAUAUAAAGUUCUUUAGAUAAAUAUAUAUAUUGUGAAGCAUAGCCCGUUUGACAGCACGGCUUUCUGGAUAGUGAAGGGUAAAGAAAAAGAUGACGUUGUAGACCAAGUGGGACUGAUUAGUUGAAAAUAGCAAAGGUAGACAUUGCUUUUCUCAUGCUUUAGCAAAAGAGAACCUGCAAAAUGUUGCUCCUCGGAUCACUCCCACCUGGUUUGUUUCAUUUUCGAAAUUAACCUCUUCUAUUGUAGCUUUCAUUGAUCUCGUUAAUUGAAUUACUUGUGCUGUAAAGAACUUGUUCAUAUUUGCCCUCGAUGCUUUAUCCUGUCAUUUGGUUAUUAUUUUGUCGCUUUUGUUCGACCUGACAAAGCACACUAGUUGUAAUAACAGGCUACUCUUCGAUUGUUAGAUGCAUGAAAAUAUGUUGGGGGUAUGGCUAAAGUGAUAGGUGUUUUUCUGCAUUCUGCAUUUUGUAUUCGAUGUUCUUGGGAUUGCUGAAGAUGUCCAUAUCGCUUUUUCUUGUAAUUGCACAUAAAUUCCUCUUUGCAUCCAUCCCCACAUUCUUCUUUACCUUCAGCUAAAGCAGCAGCAACCACUGUAUCUGUAAUCUGUGAGAGGAUGGUGACGAUGAGGACGACCCCACAGGUUAUUUUCGAUGUUUAAUGAUAAGUCUAUCUUGAAGGUGCCUUCCCCUUUUGUGUUGUGUUUGUAUCUUCAGUCAUCUUUGUGCCUCGUUUGCUGUCUGCUUUAUUAGACUGUAGAAUAGUAUGAAUGAAUGAAAAAAGAUAGCCAUUUUACAGAGCCCAGAGCUUGCUUGUUAUCCAUGGAAAUAUGAGUCCAUUAGCAAAUGUGUCCUGUUCUGAUCUUCCUGCUUUCUGCACAGAAAAUGACUCCUCUCUAUUCUUUUCUUUGCAUGCUUGUUUAUAUGCAAAAGUUAUACUACAUGAUCUUUAUUUUUAAUUUCUUACGUGGAUUUUAAGAUUAAAAAAUGGCUGAUGACGUGUGAGUCCACGUGGCAAAAUCAAUUGUUGUGAAUACAAAUUUGAAAUGUGGGUUACACAUAAAUGCAUGCAUGCAUGCAGCUCUCUCUAUUAUUUUGCCCUCUGCCAUCUUUCAAGGCAUUGUAUUUAUUUUAUGUAGUUGAAAAUGAAAUGACUGUAUGUUCAAAAAUUUAAAUUUUACGAAAAUUGUUUUUAUUAAUAGUAGCUAUUAAAUGCAAUGAGAGGAUAUGCACUGGAGUUCGGGGACUUGAGGUCCCGGACCUGGAGUGUUGUGAUCUUUAGUAUAAAAGGCAGCCCACUGCCCACCCACAGCGCCACAGCCAGAACGAAAUACACAAGGCCUCUCUCUUUCUUUCUUUCCGUUAUUUGGUUUCUUUCUAGUUUCUUCUAUCGAAGGACAUGGUGGAUGUUACUUCACGGUAUCCUCGAGCUUCGCACUCCGGUAACAGUGCCUCCUUCUCUUCGACGCUACUUGAUGCGAUUUACCGCUCCAUUGAUCAUGGAGAAGAGGAGUUGGUGAUUUACAGAGAAUCUAUGAGGAAGGAGAAGAGUUAUUGUUCGAAUUCUGUUGCGCUCAAGUGUGAGGAAGAAAUGAUGGAUUUCCGGCGCGCUCGCAUGUUCGAGAAAUGGAUGGAGGAGAAGGUGAGCGAGAAGGUCGUCGUUCGGAGGAAAUCUGUACCUGAGUCGCCGGCGAGGAUGUCGCGGAAAGAUCAGGAUGAUUUCAGCUGGAGUUCGUCGGAUUCCAGUGGCGUUGGAGGUUUCUUCUCUUCCUCCGAAGCUGAAUCGUUUCAGAUGAGAAGGCCAAAGCCUGUUCGGACUGGAGGUCCGAAGAAAGUCGGUGAAAAUUUUGAGUUCCACCGCUGCGAUAGAGGUGGUUUCGGCGCCGGCAGCGAAGUAGAGCAGGAGCCGAGGCGUGAAGGCGGAAUACUUAAGGCGAAAUCCCGAGCGAUGAAAUUAUACUCUGAUUUGAAGAAAGUGAAGCAGCCGAUAUCUCCCGGCGGCAAGCUCGCCGGCCUUCUGAACUCUCUGUUCGCCGGCGGAAAUUCGAAGAAACCUAAAAUCUCAGAUAGCUACUCUCCAUCUAUGAAAUCGUCCACUUGUUCAUCCGCCUCCUCGUUUUCGCGGUCAUGCCUCAGCAAAACGCCGUCAUCUCGGGGAAAAUCCUCCACCGGCGCGAAGAGAUCCGUCAGGUUUUCUCCCGUAAGCGUGUUCGUAGACGACGAUUACCGCCCGAACAAAACACAAUCAUCCAGUUUUGAGCUAAAUGACAACAUGAUCCGAAGUGUUCUCAAAGAGAAUUUUACGGCUCAAGCAAUGGACAAAAAUCGUCGAGUGGAGGAAAUCGUCAGAGAUUUGGUUCAAAACUACCACCGGAAAAAUCAAGCGGAGUGUCACCGUGACUUUCCGAUCGAUCAUCUGGUAAAUUCCGACGUAAAAAAUCACAAUUCCGAGGACGAAGAUGACGCAGCAAGCUAUGCAAGUUCAGAUUUAUUCGAGUUAGAUAAUCUUUCAGGCGUUGGAAUGGAGGAAUUGCCAGUUUACGAGACGACUCACGUUGGUACGAAUCAAGCCAUUGCUAAUGGCUUCAUCUCCUAAUCCUUAAAAUAUAAUUAAUUAAAUAUCACAAUAACUUAUGUGUAAUUUCAUGCUUUCGUUAUGAAAAUGAUUGGCUUGGGGUUUUACAUUUUGUUCUAAAUUAGCUAGCUAGUAUUUGUGGUGCUCAUUUUAUCUUCAAAUUUUAGUCUAAAUAUCUUAAAUGACUUAUUUUCAUGUGCUGUGAAUCAAAUAAUUAUACAAUUCAACAGAAUAUUCUGGAAUGGUUAG